UUUAAAAAAUUGGUAAAAAAACCUUAAAAAAUCUCAUAUGGUGAAAAGAAAGAGUAAAAAAAGAUACUUAUUAAUCGAUAUUCUUUUUAUUAUAUCGAUAAAAAUCGACACCAAAAUAACGAUAUCGAUAAUAUCGCCCAUCUCUAUUUCAAAUGGUAUUUGUGGCACAAACUUCGUGCUUCUUCAUUUCUUCAAGUUUUUAAAUGACUAAAAAGUAAAUUACCCUCAUGUCAUUAAACGAUUUACCUGAUAAUUGUCUUUGGAAAAUCUUAGAAAAUUUCCAUGGAAUUAAACAAUUGAUUCGAUUGUAUAAAGUUUGUUCGAGAUGGUCCGAUUUGAUUGCGCCGAAAUUAAAUCAAGUAAAAUAUCUCCAAGUGAUGAAGUAUAAAAAACGUGAUUAUGUCGAUAAGAACAUUUCCUGGAUGAAAUAUGAAACAGAUUGGAGAAAUUACAAUUUAAUAGAAUUGUUUCCAAAUCUAAAGAUUAUAGAAGUUUUAUCGUAUAGUCAUUUUCGAGUUGUUGAUUUACCAAGAAUUCUCAAAAAUAAUCCACAAAUAAAGGGAGUAAUUGGCAAUAAAGAGCUGAGUAGAGUUGGUUACUUGGAAAAUAUCGAAAUGUUCGCUGCAAGGUUUCGGAUUAAAUUCAAUUAUAAAAAAGUUUUUCGACCUAAUCAGUUGAAACAAGUGCGCUGCUACUAUUUUCUUAUGGACGAUCUUCCUUCAUUCAUUGAAUAUUUUCCUAAUUUGAAGCGACUCAACUUGCAACUCUAUAACUAUGAAGGGUAUUACUAUGGGAAGGACGUUUUUUACAAUGGUCCGAAUUUGUCUUCGUUAAAGAUUCUUGAACUUCGCACAAACGAUUUGGUUGAAAAGUGCACCGUAUUUCAUUUCAUGGAUUUUUGUCCAUCUUUGGAAAGCGCUUUCAUCCAUUGUUGGACAUUAAAUGUUUGUGUAAUAGAUGAAUCGAUAAAGAAUUACAACCUAAGAGAUUUGGUUAUCGAACCGUCUGGUCGUUUUUCGUGGCCAUCACUUCGAAGACUUUUGUCCAAAUUUCCUAAUUUACAUCAUCUUGGGAUCAGAUUUAUGAUUGAGAUUGAUGAUAAUAACUUAGAGGAAUUGAUAAAGUUAUUACCUGAGUUGAAGAUAUUGGACUUGAGAGGAUGUAAGAAAGUGACGCAUAAAUCAGCUGAUUUUCUGUCCAAAUAUUGUGUCAAAGAGAAGAAAUCAAUUAGAAUCUAUUACGAUUGUGAAAAUGAGCCCGCCGAAUGGCCUAAGUUGCACACUCCUCGAGAAUCAAUUGUCUUCGGAUUCGACUUCAUGAAACAUUGUUUUUAUAAAUCCUUUUCUACUCUUCCAAUUCUCAUUGAUGAAUAAAAUCGAAACUUUUAUAACCCAAAGUUUAAUAUCACUAAUGGUUGCAACCAUAAGUGAUAUUGUG